GAUCUGAAGGAGGAGGAACAGUAUCAUCAGCCUCCCCCUCCCUCAGCGGACGCUCACGCGCUCAGCACUCCAGCACAGCGCACAUGGAUUCUGCGCGCUCACAAGUGUUUGCACCGGGCAUCUUGGCACAAGUGGCUUGUUUUCUUCUGCCUUGAAGGAUGACUUCCCGCUCUUUAUGCUGAGGACUGCUCGGAACUUACGCUAAGAAAGAAAUAUUAUUCAUGAAACCAGCAAGAAAUGAAGAUGAACCUUGUGAAUUGUUUGGCUCUUCUCUUAGUCUGGCACGCGCACGCGGUCAGCGCGAGACAUGCAAACUGUCAAUUUCUGUAUGAGCUGCAGAUGGCUGAGAAGGAAUGUAUGGGCAUGCUGGCAGACGAGCUGCCUCCGCACACUAAAGGUUGCAGGGGGAUGUGGGACAAUAUUUCUUGCUGGCAUCAUGCCGACAUUGGAGAGGUGGUCGUCAACACCUGCCCCACUGCCCUAAAAAAUUUGUUCACCAGAGAUGGCUUCAUUAACAGGAACUGCACUAUGGAAGGCUGGUCUGACGUGUAUCCCAGCAUCCACAGCGUUUGCUUUGAGCCCACCCCGAAUGCAACCAAGCUUGUUUUCUACACGGUGAUGAAGGCCCUUUACACACUCGGACACAGCCUCUCUCUCAUUGCACUCAUCACUGGCAGCACCAUCCUCUGUCUGUUCAGAAAACUCCACUGCACCAGGAACUACAUCCAUCUGAACCUGUUCUUCUCGUUCAUACUGAGGGCCAUCGCUGUGCUGGUCAAAGAUGCAAUUCUGUUUCCCCACGAGAAUGUAGAAUGUACAGAGCAGCCAUCACCGAUUGGUUGCAAGGCCAGCCUGAUCAUCUUCAACUACUUCAUCAUGGCAAACUUCUACUGGUUGCUGGUGGAAGGGCUCUACCUACAUACUCUACUGAUGGUCAUGUUCUCUGAGAACAGACACUUCAUUAUCUAUCUCCUCAUUGGCUGGGGAUUCCCCACCGUGUUCAUGAUUCCAUGGAUUGUGUGUAGGAUUUACCUCGAGGACACAGGAUGCUGGGAGAGAAAUGAUGUCCCGAUUCCCUGGCGGGUGAUUAACUGGCCAAUCAUGGCAUCUGUCAUUUUGAACUUUAUUCUGUUCAUCAGCAUCAUUCGAAUCCUGGUCCAGAAACUGAGGUGUCCUGAUGUCGGUGGAAACGAUCAGUCGCAGUACAGGAGGUUGGCCAAGUCCACACUUCUCUUGAUCCCUCUGUUUGGCAUCCACUAUGUUGUUUUCGUUUACAUCAUGGAAGGAAAUGGAGAGAUGGAAAACUAUAAAAUAUUCUUUGACCUUGGUCUGGGAUCUUUUCAGGGCUUGGUGGUUGCAAUUUUGUACUGUUUUUUGAAUAGUGAGGUCCAGAGCGAACUCAAGAGGAAGUGGCGCAGUUUGCGUUUAAAGCGGUACAUCGGUCGUGACUAUCGUCUGCACAGUACAUCCAUAUCCCGGAAUGGCACGGAAAACAUGACCCAAUUCCAUCGGAACUCCAGAGCUCAGUCUUUCCUACAGACCGAGACCACCGUGAUGUGAGACAUCCAGAAGCGGCGCUAUAUGAAUCACGCUCUUACUUCACUGCCCCUCAGCUAACAACUCAGUAUUUUUCAAAAGCUUUACGCUGAAGAGGACGAGGCUUUCUGAAGCAUGAGAUUGACAUGCAGGAGACACGAUGAGGACUCAGCAUCUCUGAGGCACAGUGCUGUAUUUCAGUAUACAAUGCAGAUCUCGUUUCAUAGCAAAUUUUGCAAUAAACCACCAAAAUAGCACAUUAAACCAAACCUCUGUGAGUGGGAUAGUAUCGGUGGCAUUAAAAACUGCAAUUCUGUUUUUUUUUUUUUUUUUUUUUUUUUUUAAUUGAAUGCAGAUUACAUAUAUAGUUUUUUAAAACUCUUUCAUUGCAUUAGGGUUCAGAUUAUAUAAUAGUGUUAUGUAAAUGCUACUUAAGGCCCACAGCAAUUUUCUUAGACGUUUAUGAAGACGCAGCGCUAUGCUAUCAACACAUGAAAACUCAACAAGAAAAUGUCUUGGAUGAAUGCAAGAAGUGGGUCACCUCAAUGCCAAACUCAAAUGUGAGGUUUUAUAAAGAGGACAUAACAGCCGGAGGUGUCCACGUUAGCCUGGGACUUAUUUCAGAAUAUGUCUUAUUUCAGAUACAUGUAGAAACUGAAAAGACAGUCGUACACUCAAAAGAAAGGUGGGGAUUGUAAGAAAAAGCAAAAAUUCUUGCACUGAUAUUGAUCUGUUCUUGUAUCUACAACAUUACAUAAUGCCAUUUUGUCAUUAUUCGACCACUGGGAUAUUUUUUCUUCAUUAUUUUAUACCUUGAAGAAAAGCCGCAGUGUGAAAAAGCAUGAACUGAGAUACAAGAUUAUACUUUUUCCAAGAUAUGUAUAUUGUAACAUGUGAAUGUAUUCAUUAUUCAUUAUAGUCUUACGAAUGAAAUGACAAAUAUGUGGCAUAAAUAUUUAGUUCGCCCACAAAAAAGAUGUGUGAUAAACCAAACCACGACUCGCUGUUAUUACUCUGCAAACUCUUUUAUUUCGUAUCCCACUGAUCAGUAAUUUCAAUAGGUGUUGACGGCGUUUUUGAUUAUUUUUGCUUUUGUGUUGCUCUGCCUCACAUUGUAAGGGGGGUUGGGGAAUUGUACAUUGCAAUGAAUCCUGCUGUCUAUGCUCUUUUCAUUCAACUGAAAAACAUAAUUGAUUUAGGUCAAGUGAACUGACAAAACAGCGAGUGUGAGGGCGUAUGAAAGUGACAUUUCAGUGUGAGCUGUGCUCUGCGAACAGAUUCUGGGAACUGCGGUCCAGAGACUUCACAAUGGGUUGGAGAGGAGAUCGGAUCUCUUACAGCCAGGCCUGAAGAGCAAGAGGCCCCCGGGACACCAUGUGCGAAGUUGCGUUCAUUUAAAAUGACACAGAUGCCAUGGGCAGGGGCAUUCAGCAUCAUUGUCAGACUGUCAAAUGGAGAAGAAAAGAUAACGCUUUAAUUAGAGCUGGCAGAAAGGAAUUGUGGGUUGUUUGAAUUAAAUAUUGAAGGAGGAUGACAGUAUGCCUUCAUUUUGAAAGAUGACCAUGGUUUGUGAAGAAUCUGGUGUGUUUGACAUGCAUUUAUGAUGUAAAAAAUACGUUCAAACAGAGGUCAUAAUGUUGGGCACUUCUUAUAUUUAACAAUCUGAAAUGUUUAAUUGGAAAAUUGUUCUCAGUUUUUGCAGUUCUUACAUUUUUGCUGAAUGUUUCUUGUAAACUGUAUUGAGAUUUUUCAUUAAAUGUGAAAGUUGUUUUUAAAUUGUA